AGAACAGGCAUUGCAAAACUCAGCUUAAUAUCCGAGAGAUAGUAAUGUAGAGAGAAAGAGGCAACAAUGGUGCAACUUCCGAAGUCUGUCGUGCUCAAAUCAAAGUACAACCACAACUAUUUGCGCUUCGUGAAUGAAGCGUGUUCACCGGUGCGUACAUUCAUGCAGUACUCAGGAAAGGAGAUUCUUAGUCCAUUUACACCGUUUGAGUUCGAGCAAGCUAAAUGUGACCCAUCUUUAUACCAUAUAAAAUGUUGUUACAACAACAAGUAUUGGGUUAGUUUGGCUCGUGACCAUCAUUUUAUUGUAGCGGGGGCUGACCGGAAAGACGAAGACAAAUCCAAAUGGACAUGCACUCUAUUUCGUCCGGUUUAUGACAAUUGUCAUCAAUCGUUUCGGUUUUGUCAUGUCCAUCUUGGUUUAAAUGUAGUCUUGUGGAGGGUUGGUCCUCCUUAUGGAGAAUGCUUACGUGCACAAUGGUCGGUUCCUGAUAAAGAUCUCUGCGAUCUCAGUGUAGUUAUUGACUGGGGAUCACUGUGGUCAUUACCUAAAUUUAUUGCCUUUAGAGGUGAUAAUGGUUCUUAUCUCACUGCUCGGUCAAUUGACAAUUAUUCAUAUCUACAAUUUUCAUCCAACAAUAUUGACGAUCCUACCAUUCAGAUGGAGACCUUCAUUACAAAUGAUGGAAAAAUUCGCGUGAAGUCAGCUCACUUCCAAAAAUUUUAGAGACGUGACGCUUCUAAUUGAAUUUUUGUUGAAUAAUGUGAGACCACUACUCAAAAUCUCGAUACUUUAUUUUUGCCCACUAAAGUUUCACCCGAUGUUGUUGCUCUUUGUAACUUGGGUAAUGACAAGAUAUACU